UUUUCAGUCGAACGAGGGACCACUUCACGAAAUUGCAUGAGGGAGCGCGAGAGCCAACUAAUGGAGUGAAAUGGCGCUCAGGUAGCACCAUGGAAAGGUGGUAGGUACCUCUGGCAGGACAAAGCCACCUAGGAAAAAGACGCAGUCCUGUCUCCCCUGUCUGUCUGUCUGUCGGAGCCAUAGGCAGGAAGCGAGUCAACCAUGACGUCCAUUCAGCGAGGGCCGGGACUCUACGAGUUCCUGACGGAGGCUGAGUUGCAACAGUAUUUCAAUAAUUUCAAGAAUGAUCUGAAGGUGCAAAAUGUAGGGCAAAUAAAGUUUGUGGCAGACGAAGACCUACAGGCCAUGGGUAUGUCAAAACCUGAGGUCCGGAGGCUCAAGAAGUACUUUCACAAGUAUUGCCCUCAGACAUAUCUCUCAAAGUUUAAAAAGAUUUUGUUAGCCCGUAAAGAUGGUCUGGAAUCUCCAGAAGUGGUGGUCCCUGAUGAAGCCGGUGAUCGACCAAGUGUCCGAGUUCCCAGUAAGCACAUCAUUCCUGCUGAUGCCAUCGUCAUCAAUAAGGAGUUGGGUGUCGGAGAAUUUGGUGUUGUCCAGCAAGGCGUUUGGACGAAUGAAGAAGGGGAACGAAUACAAGUUGCAAUCAAGUGUUUAAGUAAAGAAAGAAUGCAGACACAGCCCAUGGAAUUCUUGAAAGAGGCAGCCAUUAUGCAUACUAUAGACUCAGAACACAUUGUUCGACUUUAUGGUGUUGUUCUAGAUACAAAUGCAUUAAUGUUGGUGACAGAGCUUGCUCCUUUACGUUCAUUGCUCGAGUGCAUAAAAGAACCAUCCUUGAGAGUGAGCUUUCCUGUCACCUCCCUCUGUCAUUUCUCCAUACAAAUCUGCGAUGGCAUGUCGUACCUGGAAAGCAAACGUCUUAUACACAGAGAUCUUGCAGCAAGAAAUAUCCUGGUUUUCUCAAAAAAUAAGAUCAAGAUAUCAGAUUUUGGCCUUUCUCGAGCUUUAGGAGUUGGAAAAGAUUAUUACCAAACUAAUUUUAAUGUCAACCUGAAGCUCCCAAUAGCUUGGUGUGCUCCUGAAUGUAUAAAUUACCUGAGGUUUACCUCUGCAUCAGAUGUUUGGGCAUUUGGCGUAACUUUAUGGGAAAUGUUUAGUUAUGGUUUUCAGCCGUGGGCAGCAUUAACUGGUCAGCAAAUACUGGAAGCCAUUGAUGAGCCUAACUUCCAAAGGCUAGAGCAACCUGAGGCAUGUCCAAAAGAAUACUACUCAAUCAUGCUAAAGUGCUGGCAGCAUGAUCCUUUAAAAAGACCCAAGUUUGCAGGUCUAAUGGAAAUUCUUCCUGAGUGUAAACCUGAACAGGUGCAAAUUGUUCGGGACUCUGAUGAUCCUCCUGCUACACCAGGGGGUAAGAGAGACAAGCUACAGUAUUGUGUUGGCGAUGUUAUCACAGUACUUGACAAACGACCAGUACCUGACAAUCCUGCAUUAUGGAAAGGUGUUUUGAAUAAUGGGAAGACUGGCCUUUUUAAUCCUGCAAACACAGUCACUUACUUAGGCACCAACAUUCCAUCCAACAAGUCAACUUUCCAGAGAGGAGAUGGGAAAAAUCCUUAUUCAUCACGACGGAGACUGAGACCAGAAAUGAUAUCAGGGCCUCAGGGAGACUUUAAGCAUACAGGACAUGUUGGACUGGAUGGAGCAUACUUUGGGGAUGUCUCCUUCCUCGGAGAUAAGGUCCAAGAUGGCAGAUUUGUACAAAAAAGUCUUGAUAAGUACAAUCAACUUCCAAAGCAGAUAGUGACUCCAUAUAAACCCUCUGAUGACCAUGAUCAGUCCACAUCAUUAACAAGAGCCAGCUCAGAUGUGUCAGAUCGAGCGCCUUUACUCAAGAAGGUGGGAGAUAAAGGCAAAUCUGGGCCUGCAGCAGAUCACAAUUGGUCAGAUACAGCAAGUGAGGACCAGCCUGACAGUCCAACAAAUUCACGUCAAACAGAUCAUGAAUAUCAUGAGAUAUCUGAUGAGGAUGAGCCAUUACCGAAGAUUGAGGUGAGGCAAUAUCCUGAAUUUUCACAGCAGCCCUUCAAGAGUAGCUCAUUUGAUCUGGGUCCAAGCUUAAUGGAUGAAGUCUUCAAGGCUUUAGGUAAAUCUACAUCAUCAGGACCCUCAUCACUAGAUGCUCCAGCUUCAUUACCUCCUUUGAGCCCUAACCAGCAGUCUCAGGCAUUGUUGGAGGACAACGAAAAUCACAAUGUUAAGAAUGAAAUCAAGGAAAUGGCAUCUAAGUUCUCCAACAAAGAUAGUUCUAAAAAGAAACAGGCUGUGGUAAAGCCUAUAUCUGCAACUGACUCGAAGACAUUAGAUUCGGCUAUAGCAAUGGCAAAUGAAUUAGCUUCUAAAAGUAUGUUGGAGUUGGACAGUAAUUUGGAAAGCUCUGCAGAUUCUGAUGGUGCACAAGACUCUCCUCCUGUAACUCCUUCUUCACCUAGUAAACAGGGAGGGUCCCGUUUCUCUUUCAAAUUUCCAUCAAAGGGAAGUCCCAAGCCUGAAAGACGGCACUUCAGUGUUGAAGCAGCGUCCAUUCCUGACAUCCAAUUGAUCGAUGAAGACAUAGAAAAUUCAAGCAUAUCAGAGGAGGCCAAAGAAGUUUACAACUCCUUAGUGGACCGUCCAGGACUAUGUGAACCUUUACCCUACCGCAGUGAACCCGACCCGCCAAUGUGUGAAUCAGAGCCUGCCGAGCACAACCCAUUACGCAUGUUACGUGCUGGUGUCACUGUUAGGCCCAAGAUUAGGGGAAAUAAACAUAAUUUUAGUACUGGAUUUAGCACUAUAGAAAGAAGUCAUGGUACCAAGUCAGGAGUGAGAGAUGGACUAACAACUGCACAGAACAAUAACUUUGAUAUUGGGACCCACCAGACUUUGCCCAAAGGUUUUAAGCAUAGUAAAGUGCCCCCUCCUGUGAAGCCCAAACCAAUGCCAUUAGUUAUUCCCAAUUCUGCUUACAAUGCUACUGGUGACCCUGUUACAGAGAAUAACACAGCAUCUUCUGACAGUACAAGUACAGAUGGAGGCAACCAUGAUGCAGGAAAUCCGCUCCCUCUGCCUCCAAGAGAUCGCACAAAACAAGCAGGCUCUUUGACAAAACCAAGGCAUCAGCGAAAGCACCCUUUAAUAAUCCCAGGCGGAGUUGCUAAUUCACUGCUUCGUGGAGGUGGACAUACCCCUGCCUUGGGAGGUAAUUCUGAGAAAAAUGAAGCUCCAACCGGUCGACUUGUUAUUCAACACACACACAAUCCUCAUUUAGAAUCACACAGCGCUGAUACCCCUGCAAGUAUAUCAAGUCCAACCAGUGUUGAUGGCUUCAGUAAUGAAGAUGGUAGUACUACACCUGGUCCAAGACUACCCCCUGCUAAACCUCCAAGACUUUUCACAAGUCCAACUGCCAUGGAUGACAGCUUUGAAAGUCAAGUUGCCAGUGAAAUGGAUGCAUUGGAUGACAUACAAGAAGAGGAUCAAGGAGUCUCUCCAGUUGGACGAAUGCCUCCUCCAUUUCCCAACCCUGACUCCUAUAACAGUACUGCAGAACCUCAUGUUACAACAAAUGGCUUUGGUGAGGGACCAGGUAGUGGAAGUGGCUCUUUGUAUCAAUCAGGUGACCAUGUGUCCUGCGAAGACCUCUUAGAUUUUGCAAUGGACAGACCCAACUCAAGAAGAACUCAAGGGCCUGCACGAGGAACUCAGUCAGAUGAAGUUCAUAUAAUGCAGAAGGUUUUAAAAAAUGAGCAUGUGUCACCUGAGGAAUGCGUAGUGGCGCUUAAUGAAUGUGAAUGGGAUGUACAUCGGGCCUUGAAGUUAGUGCGUUUACAGUUGCAGCUUCCAUCUCACCGUGUACCUAUAGAAGCAGCAAGGCAUACUUUAGCCUCAUUCUCUUGGGAUGUCAGCAAAGCAGCUUCAUAUCUUGUGGCUACACAGGGUAUUAGUGAAGAUACAGCUCAAGUCUGACCUCUUAAUAGUUAAAAAAUUAAUUAAGCAAUAAAAUUAGUUAAAAAUUAUUUAAGCAAUAAAAUUUUUUAUAUGGAGUUUCUUCCCUAUUAUCAUUCAAACAAUUUAAAGGAGUACUUGAAACACAUUUUGUUACCUCAAUUUUUCACACUUAACAGUCCCAUCCCAGUACAAUACUUGAACCACAUAUGAACAUUCUUGUCAUCCUCUAAGGUUUGUUGUUUCUGAAGAUCACCAUCAUAAAAUAUUUACAAGCCCGUGUAAUACACAGGCAUUACUGUACUUUACAAUGUAGUCAGAAUAGGGCAGCUAUCAUAAAUAAUUUAUCAUUGAAUUAUCUAGUAAUUUUUUACAUAUUUUAAAUUUGUCGUUUCCUCCUGUCAUGGAAGUCAAGCAUUUUGAUGUUUAUGGAAAUAUGUUUCUUGUUUCCAUGUAGAAUAAAAAAAUGUCCAGGGAUGCAUCAUAAGUGCUGCAAUAUCUGACAACUUUGAAAUUUUAAUUUAGCCACAGUUAGUAAUUCUUUUCAACAGCACUGGGUUCUCGUUUAUUUGUAAAGAUGCAACAGUUUUGGAAAGGUUCAUUUAGAUCUUUUCAGAAACUAACAAAGAAAAAAUGAGUCAUAUAGUUUAUAAUCCUUUUCAACAGCAUUGGGUUCUCUAUUUUUUUGUGAAGAUGCAACAGUUAACUUGUUAAGUUUCAUUAAGAUCUUUGUUUUCAAAAACUAUGAAAUGAACCUCCCUAUAUCUUUAAUCUUUAAACUUCAAAGUGAAUGAGUUUGCGUUUCUCGACAUUACUUGAUGCUGUGUAUGUUGUAAUUGAAUCGAGUAUCUGUUUCAAUCCAUUUUAAUCAUUAUAGCAACUGUUUUGAUAUCUACUACAAAAUUUUUUAAACUAUACUCUGGAACAGCAAUGUGAUGACCUUGUAUAUAUUAAAUAGUUUGACAUUUUUUUUUUGUAUAAAGAAGUUAUAACCUUAAUUCUAUUUUGAUUGGUAAUGUAAAUAGAGAUUAUAUGAAUUAUAAAAUUAUAUGAUUCUGUACACACCCUCUCUUUGUGCACAGUCCAAUUUCCUUUCUGUGCAGUUCCAUGGAUACAGGAUUUUAAAUUAACGUAUAUAAACACCUAGUACAUGUAGUACUACUCCCUUCUGCUGAAAACUUCUUUUUAACACCCUUCAUUAUCAUCAGCAUGAACUUUAAAUUCACUUGUAUAGACACUCCUCUUAUUGUUAGAACUGAACAGAUGCUGGCAAAGUCUGUAGUUUAUGCCUAAUGAUUUUGUACAUUUCUUGUAUCAAUAUUGAUAUUGUAAUAUAUGUUAACUUCCCUACAAAAAUUAUAUUUAUUUGAUUAUUUUAAUCACACAAAAUGUAUUAAUGCAAAAUGUCAAAUGAGAUUAUUUAAGAGCUUUAAAAAUAUAGCUUAAUUUUAAGUGCACAUAAGACUUCCUUUGUAUGCAAACAAAAAAUAAACAAGUGGUAUGUAACUUGCAUGGGGUUAAGUAUAAUACUGUCAUAUGUAUAGAAAAAUUAACUUUUUCAUAAUGCAGUCAUCUGUCAUCCACAUAUUUUCAUACUUUUGUAUUUUUAUAUUAACAUCCUGGAUAUGCUACUCAUGUAACGUACCAUCUCAUGGUAUUUGUUCAAAAACUUUCAUUUCAAACAGUCUAGUCCUGUAGUAAUGAUUCAUAUUUGCUUGUAAAUUUAAAACCACCUCAUUUUUUGGAUCUACUCUUCACCAUCAUUGCAUUCAUUCAUAAGGUAGUUGCUGGAUUAUUACUUCAUUGUGAAAAGAAGCAGUGUUAUAAAAGUGCAAUUUUCAUAUGCUUGUGUAGCUAAAUAUAAUAAAAAAAAACUA